AUGGCAGCCGCGGCAGCCACGCUUUUUCAGCGCAACAAGCGCAUCUAUGUACAGGAGGAGGACAAGCUGGAGGGGGUUGUCUCCGAUGAGUCGUUUCAGCAGAAGUUCCUCCAGUGGCUGGACGCGACGAUUGCCCAGUUGGAUCUCCAGUUUGAGUCGUGCGAGCAGCUGCUGUCGGAGCUGCAGCAGAGCGUUGCCGUGGAGUCCGGCAGCUACUGGUGCAGCAAGACCAUCAUUCAGCACUGCAAUCUACACAUGAGUGAGAAGCGGCUUAUUGUCGCCGGGAAGAAUAUGGAGCAGCACCCUACUCUCCCCGAGCUUGUCAGCCUCAUAUCCUCCUUGCAGCAGCUUAAGGUUCAGGCCUUUAUUUCCCCAAAGCAAAGACGCUUUAUUGAGGAGUGUGAGAGCGAGCUGAAGAAUGUUGUGUUUGAAUCCCGUGAGUUACUUUUCAUUAAUAACGCGCUCAAGACAAAACUUCGCGAUGACGGCAACACACGUGGGGUGUUUGGGGACCUCACGGAGUUUCAAAACGCCAUUGAGGACCUCUCACCGGACAUCGACCAGUGCGAGCAGCUGCUGGAGGCGAGUAUUGCAAAUGGUGAAAUGGGACUCGCAGAGGACAUCUCACGUCGUCAGCUGGAGAUCUAUGAGCGUAUCUUGACUCUCAUUACGGAUCAGUACCCCAUCAUCACAAAUUAUUAUACCGAUUCGCGCGACAGCGAUCGUCGUCGUCGUUGGGCCAUUUUUCGUAUGGCUGACAAGGACAUCUCUGCUGUCAUUGAGGGGAAGUAUCGGCAAAUAGAGGCAUGCGAGGAGGACCUUAUGAAGAUUAAGGAACAGAUUGAGAACUACAACAACGAUGACUCCCAUCAACGGAAACGGUAUGAGGCGGAUCGCAACCUCUCCGAAGAAUUCCUGCAGAAAAACAAAGAGAAGCAGCAGAGUGUGUGGAAUCGGAUCUUUGAACUUUAUGAGGAACUACGUCGGUGUCAGACGGAGUUGACAACACUCGCCCGGCAGCGUCGAAGGGAGAUUGAUCGCCGGCUGCAGAUGGAGGAGCAUGAGGCCGGGCGACGCAGUGGACAUGAGUCUUUUAUCAAGGCUGCCGCGGAACAUGCACAGAGACUCCAAGGCAUGAUUAACAACUCCUUGGCGGCCAAAGAACUUGCCACGGCGCUUAAUAAUUUUGUAUUAGACGGGUGCGACAGCAUCACUAGCAAAUACGACAAGCAGCAGAAUGCAUUGAGUGAGAUGUUACGUCUUGUGCAGCAGCAUCAUUUUAAACGCUUCUCUGACUACUACAUUGCGGCCAGUCGCUACCUUUAUCGUAAGGAGAGACGGUUGGAGCAGAUUGAAAAGGAGAUUGAGAGCAACGAGAUGAAGAAGGAGAUGCUCUCAGACCGACUUGAGACAAAUGCCAAGCGAUACGCUGAGUUGAAUAACAAUCUCCUACUUAAGCGACGUGAGGUGUCGCAGGAGGUGCUGUUUAUUCGACACAAGUUAGAAAAGGCAGAGAAGGCGAUUGAGCCCACAUUACGUUCACUGCAGUUUGCUGCAGUGGAAUAUGUUCACCCACGCGAUAUCGUGGAGAAGAUUAACCUAAAUCGCUGCAGUACAAUUCUUGACUAUCGCGAAUUUAUGACUCCUUCCAUAUCAUACGAUGAAAAGGUCCGAAUGGAGGAGUUGAUGAAAUUAGCCGAACUUCGCUCCACCAUUGACAGCGAAAAUAAGGAGCGUUUAGCCCAACAACAACUACGACUCCCUUCCAUUGCAAAGAAAGAUUACACGGCACUUCAGAGACGUGUGAACUCAUUAUUACAGAAACGAUCCGAUGAGGUUGAACGCAUUCCGCCGAUUGCGGCAACCACUUCGCAUGAUGCUGCUGUUUCCGCUUAUGCAGGGGCACAAAGCACAACGAGGACGUCUGCAACGGGGUUCACUACAUCAGAAAUAGCGCGAGGGUCAUCGCUUGCGGCUGCAUGGGAUACGACUGGUGGGACUCUUACCAUUAACGCUUCAUUACGGCAGCCGCGGUUGGAAGGAACCGUCAUGAGGGCUUUGUACGCAUACAAGGCUCGUGCACCAGACGAGUUAACCUUUGGAGAAGGGGAUUUGAUUGUGUGUGUAAACCGAGCCCAGGAGGAGGGCUGGUUUAAGGGUGUAUGCAACCAACGUACAGGGCUAUUUCCCAUCAACUACGUUGUGCCGCACGAGGAGGCUCUUUAG